AAGGGAACUGAGAAGGAUAAAGAGAAAAAUUAUGGCUGAAGAGAGCAGGUUCUGCAAAAACUGUAAACGAGAUGUGUCUGCUGCCAAUUUCUCCCUCCAUGAGGCCCAUUGCCUGCGAUUUCUCACUCUCUGUCCAGGAUGUGAUGAACCAGUUGCCCAAAAGGACAUGAAAGACCAUCAGACAGAAGCACACAAGCAGGUUAGAUGUGAUUUUUGUCACCAGAAUAUGCAGCAGUACCAGCUAGAGUGUCACAAGGCCAAGGAAUGCCAGGAACGAGCAACAAAAUGCAAGAUCUGUGAGCUGGACAUGCCCUCCAGCAAGCUGCAGGAACACCUGGACACUUGUGCCAGCCGAACAGAGCGGUGUUGGGAAUGUAACAAAUACGUCAUGUACAAAGAUCAGAACAGACAUAAAGAUAUUUGCCAGAAAAGUCGUCCGUCCAACCAUAAGGAUGUGAACUUUCAAACCAGUGAAGCAUCUACUCAUGCAACAUCAAUUUAUCCAACCACUGGUGACAGUGACAAUCUUUGUCUGAAGUGCAAUAAGUCAUUCCCAGAUGAUCAGUACCCCGAGCAUCUGAAUAAAUGCAGUGUACCCCAUAUGCUGGCGAAGGCUCUUGCUGGCCCCAAAACUUCAAAACUCAGCACUGACUCUCCUCAAUCUUCUUCCUCCCUGGCUCCCUCUUCCACUUCUGAGGAUGCAAUGGCAUGGAAAGACGUCCGUCCCAAAGGGAAAGAAAGGGACCAGCCAUUGACCUCAAAAACCUUGCUUAAACCUCCAAAGAACAAAAAGAAGCUUGGCUUUUCCUCUCCCACAAAGGGUGGGCAUUCCACGUCACCUCAAGCUCUUAAAGAUACCCUGUGUUACGACAUGAUGGUGACCUGUGCCCACUGCAACGUUCUCCUGCCGCUUCCAACCCUUCGGAAACACGAGAUCAAGUGUCUACGUUUGACAUCUUUACAAAAUACUAGGAUGAACCCAAAAUUAAAUCGUGGAAAAGAAGGUAUUGCAGAAAUUGUGAAAUCUAGAAUAGAACUUAUCAUCUAGAAUUAUUUUGUAUUGGUCAAACUGGAACAAUAUUUUGCAGAGGAAGUACAUCUGGAAGAGUUAACACUCAGAAUAUUGCUAAGCUCUUCGGCAUUCCAACACACUAGGUUCCCAUGAGGUAGCUGGAGGGACUUAAUAGACGGUUUUUAUAACGAAAGAGUAAAAAAGGCUAGAAUUCCCAUUUGAUAGCUGAAUUAAGAGCUGGUUCAAGUCAAGGGAAUAAAAAAUAAUAAGUAAUUUUGGGGUUCCCCAGCAUUAUUUCUUUUUUCAAAAGGAAAAAAAAACAAUAUGAAGAAUGCAUUUUAAACCAGUUGGAAAUGAAAAGAUAAUUUACCUCCAAAAGACUGCAUGUUUGCAGCAUAAACUACUCACAAAAAUCAUACCUGAUUGCACUUGAUCCAUGAAGUACCCUUUUCAGUAAUUUUUUUUAAGAGGGCAUUGCUUCAAAACCAAUACAUUCUUCACUCUCCUGACUCACACACAUGUGCACACAAAAGCACAUACUGUACCUCUCAAACUACAUUCAUCUGAGCAGGGCAGUACCAUCCCACUGUAAGCAGAGAUCAGCACAAAAUUUUCACAGAACAGGCAUCCUGUUCUGGGUUUAUCUGUUCCAGCACUAAAUGGAGGUUUACAAAAUAGUUUCAGAAGACAAGAAGUAAAAUUCAUCUUUUCUCUGUAGUAAAAAUUAUGUUUUAUGUAGUAAAAAUUACACAUUCAAUAGAGCAUAAUUACUCAAGACAACACUUCCAGCAGAGCUUGAACUAAUUCAUAGGUAUUAAGUAACUCUUCUUCCACUGUCCCAAAAAGGCUGUGACUCUUACCACCUGCUCUACUCCUUGGAUCCUAAGGAGUAUCCCUUCAGCUCAGCCCAGCUAAUUAAAUGAAAUUCAAAGCAGUUGCUCUCAAUCUGUGUUUAUCUGCCUGGUUCAGUAAAAGAACUUCUUUACUUCUGCCUGUAAAACUUUGAUCUCCUGCUAAAAUAAGGACAGCAAGCACCAAAGUAUGCAGUGGAGGGUUGGUCUAGUUUUGAUUUACAGAAUGAUUCAAAUAAAAAUAAGUGCAUAAUAAUUACAUGUACUUUGACUUGCAUUUCGUUUCUUUAGGCUGUUCUGCUUAAUAAAGACAGGAAGGCUGUAAAACUGAAUCUCUCUUUAAAAAGACUGAU